AUGUCGGCCUCGAAGGAAUCGACUGGAACACUUGGCAACCUAGCCAACAUCCCGAAGCUAGAAUCGACAGCCGGAUGGAUCAACUGGAGCCGAGAAAUGAAGGACCAUCUCACAAUGUCGGGAUACGGAGACUUGUUCAAACGAAACAAGGACAAACCCACCGGCACCAGCGCCGCGACCGUCGAAAAGAUCGACAACUGGCUCUCCAAGCAGGAACGCGCGUGCGGAGCCGUCCUCAAUCGACUUGGAUACAACGCCAGGGAGCAGGUAAAGGACAAGGAGACCGUCACGGAGAUGUUCGAUGAGCUUGAGAAGCGCUUCAAACCAAAAGGAAGUGCGGUCUUCCAAGAGCUCGACCGACGAUACAACUGCCUCACCCUAGACCAAUGCUCGGGAGUCAUGAACUUUGCAGAACGGCUGCGAGAAGCUCAAUCUGAACUCUUGCAACUAGACGAGACAUGCAAAAUCGGCACGCCUCAAUUCAUCAAUAAGUUCCUAACCGGACUUGGCCCCGAAUACGAAAUGUUCCUCACUGCCUUCUACCAAAACCACAACUUGCUACCCGAGCGAGGCUCCAACGGAGAAAUAACCAAACCUGCCGUAACAUUCGAAAUCGCUCUUGCCGCCGCAGAGCAAGAGGAAAUGAACAUUCAACAACGAGAAAAGGCCAAGACGCAAACGGCUCUGCUGGCUAGAAUGCGUGGCCCUGGAAAAGAACGAGUAGCUCAGACGUGCGGCCACUGCAACAAACCAGGUCAUACCAAGGCCGGAUGUUUUGGCCUACACCCCGACCUUCUUGAGGAGUUCAGAAGAAAACGAGCACUUCGGAGUGGACGACGAGAAGCCAAGCUUGAGAAGAGAAAGGAGAACACCUCGUCACUGGAACUCGACGAGGAUCACACUGCCGCCGUCGCCUUCUUAAACGCGGCCCUUCUAUCCUUUCAACCCCAGUUUGGCCUGGCUGCAUCAGAGCCGUCCGGGCUGCUCGAGCGAAUUCACGUAUUGGACAGUGGCGCCUCCUCCCACACGUUCUGCCGUCGACAGAACUUUACAUCACUCGAGAAAUUCACCGGCUCUGCCAUCAACGGCAUAGCUGGCUCGGCCAUUAUGCCCGCGGGGCAAGGCACAUACACCCUCAGAACCAUACGGAACAAUGCCAAAGGAACAACGAUCUUUCAUAAGGCACUUUACGUCCCAGACGCUCACUGCAACCUUGUCUCGGUCUCAGCCCUCGAGGAAGAUGGAGCAACUAUUUUAUUUCGAAAAGGACGAGCCGUCAUUACAAGCCACGGUAAAGUCAUCCUCAGCGCCACUAGGAAAUUUGGUCUGUACGUGAUCGACGAGGACGACCAACAACUGCACACUGCCAUGGCCGCAUACUCUGUCAGCGACCCCAAACUGCAGAUCUGGCAUGACCGACUCGGCCAUUUGGGAGAACAGAACGUGCAUUUACUCAUGAAGAUGUCCACGGGCAUCACUCCUCUAUCUGACUCCAACGUCUGUGAAGCGUGCGUAAAAGGGCGCAUGAAGGAAAGGCCUCACCGCGGAUGCAUUCGAAAAGGAACAAGACCACUGGAGAGCCUGCAUGGCGAUAUCGCUGGCCCCUUCCCAGACGAAGGCAUCGACGGCCAUAGAUACUGGGCCUGCUUCAUAGACGAUUUCACCAAAAUGACCUGGGUCUUCCCAAUCAGGCAAAAGUCCGAAUUUGGCAACUGCCUUCGACAACUUCUGGAACAAGCCGAGACACCAACCCGUCGCUGCCGUUACCUUCGCCUCGAUCGAGGGGGAGAAAACCAAGCUGAUGCAAUCACUCUCUACUGCGAAAACAAGAUGAUUGAGAUGAUCUUUUCUGCUACCGAGCAGCACGAACAAAACGGAGUGGCCGAAGACUGGGAAAAGAAAUUCUGGCCAUACGUCCUCAAAGCCAUGGCAUACGUACGAAACCUCUCACCAGCCUCGGGUCGUCAAAUCACACCUUAUGAAGCAUGGCACAAGGAAGUGCCGGAUCUCUCCCAUCUCCGAGUUAUCGGCAGCCGAGGCUUUGCAAAGAUGCCUUCAGCCAAACGGAAGAAGAUGGACGACAAGACAGUCCCCUGCCGACUCCUCGGCUAUCAAGGGAGCACAAACUACGUCUUAGUCGACGACGAUGGAAGAAUAUUCUUUGCGAAUAACGUCGUGUUCGAUGAGAAAUCCCUGCUGAGAAAACGAAUUGCAUCCGAGCAACCAACUGACGAACCCAACGCAAAACGGAUGGAUCUCACACCAUCUCUUCCAACUAUACCCCUAACCGAAAACAUCAGAACAGACGAAGAGAUACAGUCAGCCCCCAGCCAAUCCUAUCAACUGAAUCAAGACGAGCCAAGCUUCCAUGUGGAACUGGGGACUCCAGAAAGAACACAAAGCCCCGACAGUGCAGUCGACGAACACCAAGUCGUUGCGGAAGCAGCCGACGGUCAUCCCCAACAACGUUUUCCAGUACGGGAAACCCGAGGACAAAUUCCAUCAAGAUACACAGUCCUAGCUCAACAAGACCCAUCAGCCCAACAAAACCAGUGGCGCUUCACCAUGAUCGCCAUUCACCUGGCUAUGAUCGCCAACAACCUUGAACCGACCGAACCCAAAACCUUUGCCGAAGCAAUGAACUCGCCUCAUAGCGAACAAUGGAUGCAAGCCAUGAUUGACGAAAUCGACUCCUUGAUGAGAAACGGCACCUUCAUACCAGUCAGCCUGCCUCCAGGAAAACAUACCCUCCAAGGCAAAUGGCUCGCUUCGUCGUCAGAGGCUUCGAAAACAAAAGAGGGAAUCGACUACCACGAAACGUUUGCCUCCGUGGUCAAGCCGAUGAGCUAUAAAAUGAUCUUCGCCAUCGCUGCGGCCCUAGACCUUGAACUGGAACAGAUGGAUGUCAAAACUGCCUUCCUUUAUGGCGGCGUCAAAGAAGAAAUCUACGUGACUCAGCCACAGGGUUUCGACGACAAGUCAGGCAGAGUCUUCCGACUGCGGAAAGCUCUCUACGGCCUCAAACAAUCUCCCCGAAUCUGGUACCAGACUUUAUCUGAUUUCCUGGAAACCCUCGGCUUCAAACCACUCAACGCCGACGUUGGCGUCUUCAUCCGUGGCACAACCUACAUCGCCGUCUACGUGGAUGAUCUCCUAAUCGCUGGUCCCGAUAAGGAAGAAAUCCGCCAAAUCAAAGCCGCCUUGAGCGAGAAAUUCGAAAUGACUGACCUUGGCCCGUGUCAGUACUAUCUGGGAAUGUCCGUCCGGAGAGACAGACGCAACAAGGCCAUCUUCCUCUCCCAACGAGCAUAUGUCGAGAAGGUCCUACGGGAAUUUGACAUGUGGGAGAGCAAGCCAGUCACAACUCCCCUGAGCACGUCAAAAUUCCAACCUGUCCCAGACGAAUACAGAGCUCCUAAAACGACGAAACUAUGGUACGCAAAAGCAAUUGGGUCACUUAUGUACGCCAUGCUUGGCACUCGCCCAGACAUCGCAUUUGCCGUCUCCCUCUGCAGCCGAUAUCUGGGAAACCCAACCAACGAACACGUCCAAGCCGUCAAGCGCAUCAUGAGGUACUUGCGAGGGACGAUCGACUUGGAACUCACCUUCAGCGGACCACUCAGACCGUUAGUUGGGUACAGCGACUCAGACUGGGCUGGCGAUCACGACACCAGACGAUCAACGGCUGGCUACGUCUUCAACGUCGGCACAGGCGCCAUCAGUUGGAACUCCAAACGACAACCAACGGUCGCACUAUCAUCCUGCGAAGCGGAGUACAUGGGACAAACACAAUGCACCAAAGAGGCGAUCUGGCUACGAGGGUUGCUGCGCGAACUUCUGGCCCAAUACAAACAUGGAGACCUUCAAACAACUAUUCUCUACGGGGACAAUCAAGGGGCAAUUGCAAUGGCCAAAAAUCCACAGUUCCACGCCAGGACUAAGCACAUUGAUCUUCAAUGGCAUUACGUUCGAGAACGAGUCUCGGAUGGAGACGUUGAACUCCAAUAUGUCCCAACCGAGCAACAAAUCGCAGACGGACUUACGAAAGCUCUCCCAAAAGACCGGUUUAUCGUGUUUCGCAACGCGCUGGGCCUCUCCAACCCAUGA